GUCGACGCUUACUUGAACUUUCCCCAACCGCAACACUUCAACACCAUACAUUCGCAACAACAACCACACCAUCAGCACCAUCAACAACAACAAACCAACGAUACAAAUCCAAUACUACCACCGAAACUUCACAAAUCUCUAACGAAUUUAAAGUCUUCGACAAGCAACAAUCAUAGCAUUAUGACCACGACCACCAAACCAUCGAAUGUAUGUGCUGCUGUUGCUGCUACUACGCCCACCACUACUGCAACUGCCACUGUCUCCUCGAGCUGUACUGCCGUGCAGACGAUUAGCACCCUCAGUAAACCAACAACUUCUACGGCGGCAUAUUCGUCGCGUAAGGAUCAUCAUAAUAAUCUAGAUCCUAUAAGCAGCAUCGGCAUUAACAACAGCAGUAGCAAUAAAAAUUCGCCGCCAUCACUCACUUUGCCACUAUCCCCGGUGAUAACGAAAAGCGCUGGCGGCACAGCGGCCCACAGCAGUAGUGGCACCGGCGGAAUCACUCCCAGCAACACCGUCGGCUCGGUCUCACAUUCUUCAGAGAAGUCCAGCAAAAUAAACUCAAGCACCUUUUACCCGCUGCAAAAUAGCCACGUGACCUAUACACUGCCAAAACACAUUAGUGGAAAAGUUUCGCUGAAUAGUACUAUUGCCAGUGUGGUAAGCAAGGUGCCUUCAGUGAUCAGUAUACCCAUUGGUGGUGGGGAAGUCGAUCUCUAUGAGAACAACAAUGGCUGUGGUGGCAGUAAUGCUUUGAGUCAAAAUAGUGGCACGAGCAGCAAGCACGAAACGUCGUCAAAGAACGGAGGAGGAAGCGGGCGUAGCACUACAUUGCCAAAGACAUUGCGUACCAAAAAGCAGCAAGGCUGCAGCGGCAGCAACACCAACAGCAAUAAUAUGAACAACCAGCCAUCACCUUCCAACAGCACACCGUCUACCUUGGCAGCAGUGUCAGUGUCGGUAUCGCAAUGUAGUAUGCCCGCCUAUCCACAACAGUAUGCUAGUCAUCAUGCCAAAACAAACGCAAAUGCAAUAACAACCACUACAACAGCAAAUGCAACAACACAAUUCAAUUCCCACGUUGUUGAUGGCAAUACUUUAUCAUCUGCCAAACAUUUACCCGUCUGUACAACCUCUAAAAAUUGCCUAAAUCCGAAGGAGCAUUUUCUACCGAACGACACCAGUUUGGAUGACGAUUACUUGAGUGAGUGUGAGAAUUGUAAAAUAGCGCAGAGCGCUAAAUAUUAUUUGAAUGCUGAGGAAGUAGAGUCAACACCGCAGGAGACAAUGACACUGCAACGUAAAUCGAUGGAUGACAAUAAGGAAGAACAGGAGCAGGCAUAUUAUCGAAUUUCGCACACGCUGCCAACAAAUCCAAAGAAAAAUGCUCCAAUCAAAAAUAACAAUCGUGAACCAUGGUUUUCUACAAUCCCUGCUAGCUCAUCAUCCGAAGAGGAUGUCAACGAAUGAGAUUUAACGCAUUUUCUUUAAAUAAGAAGCAACAAAAAAACGACAAGCACCGAAAUAGUUAUUAAUUACGUGAGCCCACACACACAUAAGCGCACU